GCUCAUUGACAACCCCACCUUGUUCAGAAGGAGUGGUUUGGGUGGUUUUAAAUGACACCACGGAUAUCUCCUAUAAACAGCUGUCGACGUUACGCGGCCUUCUUAACAUCGUUGAACGCUCCACUUAUCAGAAAUUGGAGACAAACACAGCCAUUAAACGGCAGACGUGUUUACCUCAACAGAUCAUCAUAUUCGCCGCCAUGUUGGAUGUUCCUUUGAUCUUCAGCGCAUUUCCUCGUCUGUGCACCUUUAUCAAGAUCAAAUGCCAAU